AUGUUUGAAACUCCGAAGACGAUUUCCGAUGGUGGUGUACAGGUGAAGGAGAUCGAUGACUUCCGAGAAAGAAGAUCCACUCAGCCACAUUCUCCUUUCUUGUUCAAAUAUGCUGACGGCAACACAUCUGCAAAUCGGGUUUGUAACUCUCAAGACCUAAGCGCAAAGCAAUGCAAAUUGGGCUCCAUCUCCGACGAAAACAUGGUGACGAAUAACAAUCCACUUGUGGAUUUGCUGAUUCUGACAGCGAUUGCGAAGGUUUUGAACGGAAAUUCGCAUUGUAGAGGCGAAGGUGGCGGAUUGGAGGCCAGAUGUACCGCCGGUGGCCAGAUUUUGACAUAUCAGGGAGGUACUUGUUGCCGGUGUUUGUGUGGUGUUCUUCAGGUUUACAGGGAAAAGGGGUGGGUGAGCUGA